AGGAUCUGCCGGUGGCAAAAUGAGUAAAGUGUUUAGUGAAGGAGAUUGGGAAACCGAUUUACCCAGCAUCGGUACCGAUUUCCGAUUUUCUAAAAAGCGCGAUAAAACGAAUAAAGUGAAAAAGACGGCUCCGACUGCAGAGAACGGUGGCCCUGUAAUCGAUGAUCCUAGCAGGCCCCCCGGUUGGUCUGUUCGUUUGCCUAAACCAGAAUCGUCCAGUCGGGAAAAUGGAAUCAAAAAGGAUAACACAAAGCGGAACACGCCAGCAGACGAAAGAAAGGAAGGCAAGAAACGCAAGGCACCGACGGACGUGACCGAAAAUGAUAGCAAAUCCAAGAAGAAGAACAAACACAACCCGGAGGCUCAAAUCCCGGCGACCGCUACCAACGGAAAGAAGGCUGCAGCGAAGGAAACGAACGAUACCAAACAGAAACCUAGUGUCCGGGCGGCUCCUAAAGAACCGGCCAAUUUACGGGAGAAACUGGUGGAAAGGUUGAAGGGUUCUCGCUUUCGGUUCAUCAACGAGCAGCUCUACAAAUCGACCGGAGAACAAGCGCAACAACUGUUCGCGGAGGAUCCCGGUUCGUUCGCUGCGUACCACGAGGGCUACCGGCAUCAAAUAGUGCAAUGGUCGAUGAAUCCGCUCGAUAGAAUGAUUAAGAGCAUUCGAAAGCUCCCCAAAAAUACCAUCGUGGCCGAUUUCGGGUGUGGAGAAGCACGGCUAGCGGAAUCGUUACCGAACCAGGUGUACUCCCUCGAUUUGGUCGCCCACAACAGUAACGUGAUUGCUUGCGAUAUGGCCCACACACCGCUCGAGAGUAACUUCGUCAACGUGGUCGUGUUCUGUCUCUCACUGAUGGGCACCAACCUGGCCGACUUUCUGCUGGAAGCGAAUCGAGUGUUAAAGGUGGGGGGUAUCCUGAAAAUAGCGGAGGUAUCGUCGCGUUUCGAUAAUGUGAACGAGUUCGUGGCGAAGGUUCGCCAAUGUGGGUUCGAGCUGGAGAACAAGGACCUCAAGCACAAGUUGUUCUAUUUUUUCAAUUUCAAGAAAGACCGCACGGUGUUGCGAGGAUCGACCAAGAUAAAGCCCUUCAGUCUGAAACCUUGUUUGUAUAAGAAGCGAUAAAGAAAAUGAAGAAUAAAUUAAGAGGACGACUUUCUCUA